CAUUAAAAAAAAAAAAAAGACAAGAAAGAGAGAGAAUCCUUAAAAAUAAACCAGAAAUAGAGGAAGCCAUUAAAACUGCACAACAGACAGACAAACAUAGCAAACAAUUUCGAAGAAACGCUCGUAACCCACAAAUCAACGACCCUUUAGCCGCUUUUCUCUUCAAGGAACAUUAUCUUAUAGUAAUCCAGAAAGAUGUCUCCUGCAUCAAAAUCCAAUACCAAGUCCAAGGAUAAGACCUCUGCAAAGUCUGCUAUAGAACAACCAAAAGCAUCCGUUAAGUCUUCUGGAUCAACCAACUCUGUAACUGGGAAUCCAGCGAAUGCUUAUAAUCCAAUUUCUGGGACUUUUCACACAUUAGAAAUACCAGCUGCUGCUGCUUUCCCGCCCUUGCAUGAUAAUGGUCGUUUCAGAAAUAUAGAUGACACAGAUGAGCAUUCUAGCAGCCCACAUGGAACAGUUUCUGAGUAUGAUUCAGUUUCCAACAAUGGGAGCUGCUCUGGUGAGUCAGAGGACAUUAAAGAGAAGAUAAUCAAUUCUACUCGACAGGAAACGAUACCUGGCUUAGACAGCGACCGACGUGAGAAGAUCCGUCAGAGGAAUGAGAAAAAGCAUCAGCGUCAGAGAGAGAGGAGGGCGCAAGAGUUGCAUGACCGAUGCAGUGGGUAUCUGAUGUCAAGAAAACUAGAAAGGCUUUCACAACAGCUUGUGGCAAUGGGUUUUUCUCAUGAGCGGGCAAUCUUGGCCCUUAUGCUGAAUGAGGGCAGGGUAGAAGAAUCGGUAAACUGGCUUUUUGAGGGAAGUGAGGAGGAAGCUCAAAAGGACUCUAAGCUUGAAAGUGGUGGUAACCUAAAAAUUGACAUAAAUGAGGAGCUCGCUCAAAUCUCAGCAAUGGAGAUGAGAUACAAAUGCUCAAAGCAGGAGGUUGAAAGAGCAGUGGUUGCUUGUGAAGGGGAUCUAGUGAAGGCAGAAGAGACCCUGCAGCCACAGAAGCAGGAACCACCUGCAACUCCACCAAGGCAAGAAUAUACUGCCGAUACGAAUAACCUGAGGAGACUGCAUGAAAAGCCUGUACCUGUGACUUCAGUUACAGCACAACAGAGAAUGAAUGAACAGGAUUUCAACUACAAAACAGCAAUUCCAGUGCCAACGUAUUCAGAACCUGGGAGUAGAAACUUGCAACCUCUGAAUCAGCCCAAGCCACUAGCAGACAAGAGGUGGGGCGCAACAGGAUCGAGCCCUGCAUUCUCAUCAUCUAUGGGACCAUCCAUGCAAGUAGCACCUCCAUCAACAAAACUUGAUGUCCAGCUUGGUUUUACUGAAGGAGUGGGCACAACAGGAUCGAGCUCUGCAUUCUCAUCAUCUAUGGGACCAUCCAUGCAAGUAGCACCUCCAUCAUCUAUGGGACCAUCCAUGCAAGUAGCACCUCCAUCAACAAAACUCGGUGUCCAGCUUGGUUUUACUGGAAAUGAGAGGAAAAAUGUGCAGCAGAUUGUGAGGGAACCAGUCAGCCCUCAAUCUAUGAAUGCCAAACAAAAUACAGUCCCUUACGCAAGUGCCACUCCUUCAGUAACAGCUGGAUGGUAUUCAAAUAAUGUUCCAGGUGUUGAACAUAUGCGGUCAAAUGUUAAGUUGCUUUCAAAUCAGAGCACUGGAAGCCUUGGUCUUGUAAAUCAGAGCUCACAACAAUUUUACCAUCCAGUGUCAUACAAACAAAACCCGUUCCCUUAUAGCGGCCCAGUAAAUUAUACAUCAAAUGGACUUGGAGGAACAAGGUCUCCUUCACUUACAGUUCCAUCUCAGUUGCAAGGUUCAUAUGGUAAAACGACUGCAUCUUUGCCUUCUCUAGCAGCACCGUCCUCACUUGGUUUGUUCAUUGGCUGGGGCUCAGCUGGAACUUUAGGUUCUUCACAUGUUGAUUGGAAUACAGGAGGCCUGAUGUCAGAAUUUGAUUACACCAGCAUCGAUUGGACUUUGGAUUCGAACAUGUUAUCCUCUAAGUCAAAUGGGUUGUGGCUGGGUCUGUCUUCAUUACUUAGGAACACGUCUAGCACAAGGACGAGCAGUACAAAUAGUUCCUUCCUAUCAGGGUUACGGGACAGUGGAGUGGCUAAAGAAACAUCAUCCUCAGCUGGUUCGCGCGAGUGGACCUCUCCUUUCGCAGGCAAGGACAUCUUUAGUUUGCCUAGGCAGUUUGUAACUUCUCCAUCUCCUUAGGACUAGGGAUAGGAUUUUGGAAAAGGAGAAGAAAGCAGGCAGUGAGGCUUGUUUAGUUGGGGUUUGGAUGCAUGUUCAUGCUUGUUUCUGGUUUUAUCAGUGGUAAAUGCAUCCAUCAGUUUCUGCUUC